AUGCGUCUACUCCCAGGCCUCCUGACGAUCUACCUUUGGGGGAUAUUAGUGCAGGCUUCAUCUUGGUCACAAUCUAUCGAUUCUCAACCAACACCCCAUGCAAACAAACGGGCUCAAAUCAGCUCGAAUAAGACUGAUAUAACUGGAUUCCACCUGCAGGCAGGUGCAUUCACAAUCGAUCAUGUCAAAGUUGAGCGAACUCAAGUUGGAAUUUGUGAGCGGGUUCCAUUUGGAACUGAAGCCUGUCGUUCGAUUAUAGGCUAUCUAGUUUCUUUUACAGAAUUCACGGGCGAGGCUAUCAGGGAAUUAUAUGGUGAAGAUUCCUGUAACGCUAUGCUUGGAACCUAUGAGUCUCUCUCCUGGUUCUACCACUCCUCCGGCCGAGACUGCAAUAGAAAAUGGCAGCGGACUCUUAUCACCAAUGCAAUCAAAGAGUAUCUCAAAGAUACUGAUGUUGACAGGUUUCGCGGCACUGAAUGUCUUCGUCUGGACGAGGGAGGGGCGAUGGAUGGAUGCGUGAAACUCGGUCCUACAGCAAGCUUUUCAUCCAAGCCCUACUGUGACUCUCAUUCUGAGCUUUAG